AUGGAGAUUCACAACCAUGAAGUUGCGGUCGUUGCCGAUGAACCACAGUACGCUGCGAAUCGCUACAAAAUUCUGGUGGUUGGAAGGCGUGGAACAGGAAAAUCCGCUCUAAUUCGUCGUUUGAAGGACAAUGUUUUUAGCGACGGCGAAGACGUGGCCGGCUUGACGGAUGUUACCGUACUAGUCCGAGCUCUCCAUGGAUCCAUCGUUAAAGCAGAUGUGGUCGAAGUUGAUUUAUCCGAGUUUCUUUCAAACGAUGCUCCCACGAGUCAGGCCAGGGUUCACUUUGUCAAGCAAUACUUUGAUGUGAAUGGAUUAAUACUGGUAUAUGAUAUAACAAACACGGACACAUUUGACGAAAUUGACGACGUGUUGCGAGCCCUGCAAAAGAUGGUAGCGCCAGAUGUCGACAUCUGCAUAGCAGGAACAAAGGCUGACCUCGUCGAGUCUAGAAUGAUCUCUUACGAAGCUGCCGAGAAAAAAUCCAUAGAACACGGGUUCUCUCUAUUUGAGACAAGUGCAGUGACGGGGAUCAAUUGCGAAGAGGUACUGAUAGAAACGCUGGACAAAUUGGCUGAGCGACGAUCGGACGUUCGGGAAUAUUUGUCGGAAAACGCUGAGGUUUAUAAUGAGUUGUCAACACCGAGCGAGCACGAACCUGUUGGGUGGAGUUUAUUUUGUUGGAUACCCAACUUCUGGAGGCGGAGUCACUGA